UAAAAUAUCAUAAAAAUGUAUAUAUCUACAGCUGCAAAGGUACAUCAAUUUGAAAACAGCUUUUCUUCUGUACCAAAACCCACUAUGGUUUUGAGUUUUUGGGUUCUUCAAGUUUCGCUUUUUGCAUUUGGGGUGGUGCCAAAUGUAAGAGGAGAGCUGGUACAUAACGUUAGUAGUAUUUUCAGAGGUAAAGAGUUAACCAAUGGUUGCAAUUUGUUUCAAGGAAAAUGGGUGUUUGAUGCUUCAUAUCCUCUAUAUGAAUCCUCAAGCUGCCCCUUCAUAGACCCGGAAUUCGAUUGCCAGAAAUAUGGUCGACCCGAUAAUCAGUACCUCAAGUAUUCUUGGAAACCCGACUCCUGUGACUUGCCACGAUUUGAUGGAGAGGAUUUUCUUGCAACUUGGAGAGGGAAAAAGAUUAUGUUUGUUGGUGACUCACUGAGUUUGAACCAGUGGGAAUCUCUAUCUUGUAUGAUUCAUGCUGCUGUACCAAAUUCUAAGAUCAGCUUUGCAAGGCAGCAGUCACUUUCUUCCGUGACCUUUGAGGACUAUGGCGUUACUAUAUAUCUUUACAGAUCGCCAUAUUUGGUAGAUAUAACACGAGAAAGUAUAGGCCGAGUUUUGAAACUGGACUCGAUUCAACAAGGCAAUGCAUGGAAAGGAAUGGACAUGCUCAUUUUUAAUACGUGGCAUUGGUGGACUCACACAGGAAACGAUCAAGCGUGGGACUAUAUACAAGAUGGCUCGACCGUGUCCAAAGACAUGGACCGGCUAGUGGCCUUCUACAAAGGCUUGACAACUUGGGGUCGAUGGGUUGACCUCAAUGUUGACCCAACCAAGACUAAAGUUUUCUUCCAAGGAAUUUCUCCUACUCACUAUAAGGGUAGAGAUUGGAGUUCAGCAUCAAAGAACUGCAAUGGUGAACAACUACCAUUAUCAGGGUCGACAUAUCCUGCGGGAACACUUCCAGAAGUUAUUGUUGUUAACAAAGUAUUGAGUCGGGUCAUGAAACCAGUAUACCUACUCGACAUCACAACACUUUCCCAGUUAAGGAAGGAUGCUCAUCCAUCGGCUUAUAGUGGUGAUCAUUCGGGUGUUGAUUGUAGUCAUUGGUGCCUUCCAGGAUUGCCUGAUACUUGGAAUCAACUUUUGUAUGCAGCUCUCACAACGUAAGAAGAAUUAUUUUGCUAGCUACAGUUUUCUUAACUGUUGAAUUAUUUAUAGAUUUGUUGUACAUUGGCGGGAUUCUUCAAAGUGAGAACCCCUGCUUAUUUAUGAAACUUUGUUUGGGAUGUAAUAAGGUUAGGUUUUUGUACCUAUGUUUUUCCCUUGCAACUCAUAUAUAACAGUGAUGUUAAUACAAGAGUUAUCGCUCAUUA